AACAAAAACCAAAAGAGUCAUUCAUGUGCCAACGAAAAUGCACCAUUGCAAUUCCUCUAACCCUAGCAUUUGAAUACUCCAUUUCUAGUUAGAAUUUCAUCACGUAUUUCAGUUACCAAAAAUUAUGUUAACCAUUCUCUGACAUUGAAGUUUGAACUAAGACAAAUCCAUCUUCUCUCCUCCGAAGUUUACCAGAGCUGCCAUGAAACUACCCUUGCAAGCUCUUCCAAGACAUUACAUACUUCUUUGAAUUUCUCUUAGAAAAAAAUGAGUUCUGUGGUUCCACUACAAGAUCUCAACCUCUGCCCGGUUUCUUCCACUCCUUCCACCUCCACCGCCGCCGACGCCGCCACCGAUACUGCACUCCGAGUCCCCAAGCUUGAACCUGUAGACCCUUCUUUCGCAACCUACCUACCACAACAACAAUUACAACUACAAGAACCAACGCAAGAUGCUCUCUUUUCCGAUUCUACCCCUGAACUCCCCCUUGAUUUGCAGAAUGCCCCUCCCCCUCAAAUUCCUGAUCAAGACAGUCUCUACUCUGAAUUCCACCGUGUCUCGGAGCUAUUUCGUGCAGCUUUGAAUGGCGACAUCGAGGUUGUGGACCCCGAUUCUCGCGCAAUCGUACCUGUAAGUAGUGAGGAGAAUGCAAUCGUUGUUCCUCGCCCGGCGGCACGGAAGAAGGCGUUUACGAGGUCCGGUGAGCUUGUGCGGGUGACCGACAUGAGUAUGAAAGAUCAGCUGCUAUUUCGAGAUGUGGUGCGCCGUACUCGGAUGGUCUAUGACGUCAUUCGAAUACAGGCCGUGGUAGAAGAGGAGAGGCGCCGGGGAGAGAACUUGGGGAGGCGAGCCCGUGGCGAUCUCCGUGCCGCGUCGUUGAUGCGUGAGAGAGGAUUAUGGCUCAAUCGUGAUAAGCGGAUUGUGGGGUCCAUUCCAGGGGUUCAAAUUGGAGACAUGUUCUUUUUUAGGAUGGAAUUGUGUGUUGUUGGAUUACAUGGGCAACCUCAAGCUGGUAUUGACUAUGUUCCUAUCAGCCAAAGCUCCAAUGGGGAGCCUAUUGCCACCAGCAUUAUCGUUUCUGGUGGCUAUGAGGACGAUGAGGAUGCUGGGGAUGCUAUUGUCUACACAGGGCACGGGGGACAGGACAAGCUUUCAAGGCAAUGUGAGCACCAGAAGUUGGAAGGUGGAAAUCUUGCAAUGGAGAGAAGCAUGCAUUAUGGGAUUGAGGUGAGAGUGAUUAGAGGUUUCAGGUAUGAAGGUUGUAUAGGUCAUAAGGUCUAUGUAUAUGAUGGCUUAUACAAGAUUCUUGAUUGUUGGUUUGACGUGGGAAAAUCUGGUUUUGGGGUUUACAAGUAUAAGCUUUUACGAAUUGAGGGACAACCUGAACUGGGGAGCGCAAUUUUGAAAUUUGCUCAGAGUCUAAGGACUAAUCUAUUAGCCACUAGGCCUUCUGGUUAUGUUAGUCUUGAUAUUUCAAAUAAGAAGGAGAAUGUGGCAGUUUUACUUUUCAAUGACAUUGAUAAUGACCAUGAUCCUUUGUACUACGAGUACCUUGUGGGGACUGUAUUCCCACCACAUGCUUUUAAUCAGACAAGUAAUGGUACUGGGUGUGAUUGUGUUUCUGGUUGCAUCGAAUCUUCUGAUAGCUGCCUUUGUGCUAUGAAGAAUGGUGGUGAAUUUGCCUAUGAUCAGAAUGGGAUUUUAUUGAAAGGGAAGCCAGUGAUAUUUGAAUGUGGGCCGUGUUGUGCAUGUCCGCCAAGUUGCCGGAAUCGUGUUACUCAAAAGGGGUUGAGAAGUCGAUUGGAAGUGUUUCGGUCGAGGGAGACUGGAUGGGGAGUAAGGUCACUUGACCUGAUACAAGCUGGUGCUUUUAUUUGUGAAUACACAGGGGUUGUUCUCACAAGGGAGCAAGCCCACAUUUUCACAAUGAAUGGUGAUUCUUUGAUUUAUCCUAAUCGUUUUUCUGAACGUUGGGCGGAAUGGGGGGAUUUAUCCCAGAUCUACUCUGAUUAUGCACGUCCAUCAUAUCCGUCGAUUCCGCCCUUAGAUUUUGCCAUGGAUGUGUCCAGAAUGAGGAAUGUUGCUUGUUAUAUGAGCCAUAGUUCAAGUCCAAACGUGAUGGUACAGUGUGUUUUUUAUGAUCACAAUAAUGUAAUGUUUCCUCACCUUAUGCUUUUUGCGAUGGAGAAUAUUCCUCCUUUGAGAGAGCUUAGCCUUGAUUAUGGGGUGGCUGAUGAGUGGACCGGGAAGCUUGCUAUUUGCAACUGAAGAUGUUUGAAGAGGUGUUGGGUGCUUCGGUCUUUUUUGUCUUUGUUGUAGCAUAUUGCUUCAAGGGCAUGACAUAUGGGCUCUUGCUGGCAAAGCAAUUCGGCUGCACGUACUGGAGCUGCAUGAUGAAGCCAUUGCAAAAGAUGAAACGUGAAAAAAUGCACUUAAUGCAGUUCAUCCUGAAAGUUUGUUGUCUUCGUCCUUUGCCCUGUGAGUUGAUGCUACAAAUGUCAACAUCAUAUCGGAUCGAUGUCUACCCUUCACCUGUUAGCCGCUCUUCCAUUUUUUUGUUCUUUUGUAUCUUGAGAUCUAAUGCACUAGGAAAAGUUCCUAUCUGACUGGAAUCCGCUCGGCCAGCAGUACCUGGGUUAACUGGCAGUAUAAGCCUUCCAUGCCCAUUUUGGACGCAGCCUUGCAAGCAUGAUUCCACUGGCAGUAGACUCCAGCAGGUUCUCUGUGUUUUUAUGCAUUACUAUGAACACUUUUUGUACUUAUAAAUCUUGUCUCUGUAUAUAUGAUGAACAUAGGAUAAAGAUGUACAGCAACUGUAUAAAUCAAGGAAUGUUGCCAAUCUUGUAGUUUUA